AUGUACGCACGCACGGGCAGGCGAGAGUGCAACUCCAAAUCUACUGCCCAUCGUGCACGACGCACAUCGCGAACAACUCACCACGGAGGCCGUUUCCCCCUCACUCCCACUCUGGCGCGCACACACCCUGACCACAGACCUCGAAGAUAUGCGCCCAGCAUUCGACUCCGAUGCCUAUCGGACCGCAAUGCUGGACCUGCCGCCGAGGUCGCGUCCCGUGUGACGGUGGUCUGCCAGCUUGUUCGCAAUGUAAGGGGCGAGGGCUGGCGUGCGCUGGCUAUCAUGCCGCACACGGCCACAGCGCGCGGAGGGGAGUCGGACCCGGCGAGCGCCGUGGACACAGAGCAUUUCACUUCAGACCAGAUCCUGGAGCCCGUCGCCGCGCGACCAGAGGUCGUGGUCAAGCAGCCUACGCCGUCGCUCUACCACCGGGCGCAGAUGAUUUUCGAGGGGCUGGACUACUUCAACAAGAUGAUAUGCCCCGACCUGGUCUGUCUGGAGACGCAUUUCAACCCCUACCGGGUCAACCUGCAGAGGGUGGACAACAUCCCAGAUAUCUAUGUCAAGGUGCUCGUGUCAGUAGCGUGUUUUCAUAGGCUCAUGUCGAACGGGCCUGAGCCAACGCCCUCCUCGGCGCUCAUACAGAAGGACGUGGAUGUGUUUUCCCUCCGCGUAGAGGCACUGCAGAGUCUCAAUGAGCAGCUCAGUGAGCCAGACCAGCAGAAGAGCGAUGCGACGCUUCUCUGCGUCUUAUCACUGAUGAUCGCGUCGAUACAAUCGUCUGCGUACACCGAAUGGAGGGCUCACUUGGAAGGAGCAAGAAGGAUCAUCUCCUUGAGGGGUGGGCUGAAGAAAAUCAUCACCGUGAACCCGUACUUUAAGCCUGUCCUUACCUUCUUUAUGCUGAUCGACGUCAUGGGGUCCACGACGACGGCUUCCACCCACAAAGACAUGGCCGAGGCGACGUCCAUGGCCAUGAAAUACUGGGAGAUCGAGACGGGCGUGUUGCAGUUCAUGGCGACCACGUGCAUGCCGUGCCCGGACGCGCUGUUCCGGGUCAUCAUCCUGGUCAACUACCUGCGGACCAUCGCGCACCGACCUGGCUUGGCCGCGCGGCGGCGCAACGGCACCAAGAUGGCUAUCGAGAAGGUCCUCUCCUUCUCGCCCACGGACUACGCCGCGCAUAUGCAGUACUUCAACGGUUGGGCGACCAACGGCAAGGAGGUCGGCUUUAGCCCCGUCAACGGCCCUCCGCGCACAGUCUCGAGCUCCUCAUCUGGCAGCAGUCAUCCCAGUGAGGCUUCUUCGCCGUCAACAGAUUCGUCGCGCGGCGGCGAGGCCGACUUCUGGCUCAGCAUUGGCGUCAUGUAUCGCGCAUCGACGCUGCUGUACGUGCUGCGUACAUUGGUGUUCGACUCUGACGACGAGCCCUCGGACUUGCUGCCGGCCAACCUGCUGCCUAAUGUCGACUCGUUGCGCCUGGAGACCUUUCAGGUGCUGUACGGGGCUCUCGCCCCCGUCUUCGCGGAUCCCGUCAGCAUGCACCAGAUCGGGAAGCUGAUCAUGUGGCCGCUGUUCAUCCUCGGCAUGGAGACAGACCACACCAACGUAAACCUGAGGGAGUUCGUGACGAAUGGAUUCGCGGUCCUGAGCCACGCCAUGGGCACACUGGGCCCUCUGGGCGCCAUAGAGGAGUUGGGAACCAAGUGGAAGAUAGACGCCGAGAGCGGACCGCAGACACGUGUCACCUGGGAUGACUAUUUCCAGGGCAGAGCGGAUUACAUUGUAUUCUAG